AUGUAUAAUAGAAAUAAUUAACAAUUGUUUGAGUCCUUUAAAAUCAAUGAGCUUCAACCUCAUUUAUUUUUGGAUUUCAAUUAUACUCUUAUUUUAAAAAACGAUAAAAUGAAUCUGGUUUUUGAAGAAUUGUUUUUAAGAUUAAUUGAUAAAUAUGAAAUAAAAAUUGUAUAUAUUUUAGAAAAUCCUGAAAAUUAACUAUUUCAAAGAGGAGCAUAAUUAUAAGAAUUUAUACAGAAAUAUUUGGGUGGAAAUAAAAUUAAUAUUUAAAGAUUAAAUAUUAUUCUAAAUAAUUACUAAGAAGAUUUAAAUGAUAGAGAUUUAAUUUUAAUAGUGCAAAAACAAAUGGAAUUUAUAUAUGAGAAGUUUAGCAAAGAUAUUUUUGUUUUUAGAAAAAUAAAAACAAUAGAAUAGCUACAGAAAGAGUUUACAAUUGAGAAAAGAAGUAAGAUUUUGACUUCUAUAUUUGAAUCAUUUUAACUUUAACUUCAAAAGGAUUACUUUACUUUAAAUUAUGAGCAAGCAUAUCAAUUAGAGGCUAUAAUAAAAAUGACAUUCAUAUCAAUUUUAGAGAAAAUUUAAGUGAACGGUAUGACAGCAAAUCAAUUAAACUAAGAUGAGCUUAAAAACCUAAAAUAAUUUUAUUCAGCAAUAUUAAACCAUACUUAAAAUACAGAUCCCCUAUUUUUGUGCUUUUAUUCUCAAGAGUGGGAUAAGUUAGUAAAUGAAACUGCCUCACUUAAUCAUUCAGAUAUCAAUAAUUAUAAUUGCCUAAAAGAGAUUUUACCUUAAUUUAAAAGCAUAAUUUUAAAAUCUAAGAUUUUUGAAGAAGUUAAUAAAAUGAUUAAGAGUAGCUGUUAAGGUUUUAAUCUAAAAUGUAGAAACCUAUAUUAAAGAUGA